UGCUUUACACGCACAGUAUAAUUAGUCACUUGCACGAAGUUGAUGUUAGUACAGAGGAAUAAGGUGAGGAGCUCACAUCCAAGAUGAAGGAUAUAAUUGUUCUGUGUCUUCUGGCGUUCGUAGCUGGAGCUUCUGCACAAUGUUCAUGCAGAACCAUGAAAUGGGCGACCUGUGAUGGAACUCCGUGCACGUGCACACUUGCUGUUGGAACUGGUGUGAAGCAAACAGUAAACUGUGAUCAGCUGAUUCCCAAAUGCUUCCUCAUGAAGGCAGAAAUGUACCGUGCAAAGAAUAACCUGUCCACUAGAUCGAUUGGUGGGAAGCCAGUAGACACCGCAUUUGUGGAUAAUGAUGGGAUCUAUGACCCGGAGUGUGAGAAUGAUGGACGUUUCAAGGCUGUCCAGUGUAACAACACUGAAACGUGCUGGUGCGUCAACAGCGCUGGUGUCCGCCGAAGUGAUAAAGGAGACAAGAACAUAAAGUGUGAACCAGUGGAGACCUACUGGGUCCGUCUUGAGAUGAAACACAAACCUAUUAACAACCGCCCGGAUCUGGCACAACUGAAGACUGGGCUACAAAAUAUCCUUUCAAGCCGUUAUGGACUGCAAGCACAAUACAUCUCAGAAGUUCAGUUUGAUGCAGAUGGACGUUUGAUUGUUGUGGAUCUCAAGAAGGACAAAGCGGACCGUACAGUAGACCUGUCCCGCAUGUCUUACUACUUGGAGAAAGAUGUGAAAGUCCUGCCCCUGUUCAGAGAGCAGAAUAAAUUUUCAGUCGAUGUUAAUGGUAACCCUGUGGAAAUGGAGAACAUCCUGGUCUACUAUGUAGAUGAGAAGGCACCCACUUUCACGAUGCAAAGGCUGACCGGCGGUGUGAUUGCUGUGAUUGUGGUUGUUAUCCUGGUUGUGCUCGUUGGCCUCCUUGUUUUGUUUUUUGUCAGGAGACAGGAAAAGGCCAAGUACAGCAAGGCACAGGCCAGGGAGAUGGAGACCAUGUCAUAAAAGCUGCCAUGGCUCUAUAGCUGUUCUUAGUCUUUAAAGACUGGAGUCCUCCGCACUCGGAUACUUGCUGUAUAUUAAAUUUUUUGCUGGGGUGUUUUUUUUCCUUUUUUAAUAUAUAGGAACAAGUGCCUGUUACAUGCUCUAUGCUGUUAUGGUCAAAGCUAUGUUUAAAUGGACAGUCAAGUCUUUACCUCUCAAUCAGGAUCAAGGUGGAAAUGUCUGCCUUGAAUUAGAUUUGUCUGAAUAUAGCCAUGUCUAGUUUUUAAAAUUCUCAUUGAGCUAAUAUUUGGUUAAAAUUAAUACAUAUGUACAGUUUGUCACGUGUCAUUGUUUUUAAUAAACUUUUUUUUUUGUCUA